AAAUCCGGGCGGGGCGGCGCGGGGCGCAGACGGCGGCGCUGGUGACGCCGGCGGCGUGUCCGCUGUCCUGUUGUGCCGCCAUGGCAGCGCUGCCCGGUGCCGCGGCCCCGCGGCUGCUCCUCAUCCCUAGCAAAGCGGCUGAGGCUCCCGGCCCCGCGGCUGCCCGGCAUCUCUCCGUUGUCCUGCCGGCAGGAGCCGACCCCGGCCUCCCGGGGAUGGAGACCGCGCAGCCGGCCCGCAAGCGGCAGCGGCUCACGCAUCUGAGCCCGGAGGAGAAGGCGCUGCGCAGGAAGCUGAAGAACCGCGUGGCGGCACAGAGUGCCCGCGACAGGAAGAAGGCGCGGAUGACAGAGCUGGAGCAGCAGGUGGUGGAGCUGGAGGAGGAGAACCAGAAGCUGCUGCGGGAGAACCAGCUCUUGCGAGAAAGGACGUGUAACCUGGCGCGGGAGAACCAGGAGCUCCGCUGCCGCCUGGGUUUAGAUGCUCUGAAGACGGAGGAGGAGGAGGGUGACGAGUUCCAGGUUGUGAAGGAAUCCCAGGUGGAUGAGAUCGGAUUGGUGACCGGGUCCGCUGAGUCCGCAGCACUCAGACUACGUGUUCCUCUGCAGCAGGUGCAGGCCCAGCAGUCACCAUUUCUGAUAGUUUCCACAUGGAUUCUGAUGGCAGUGACUCUUCAGACUCUGAGUCUGAUCUCCUCUUGGGGUUUCUGGACAGUUUGGACCCAGAGUUAUUUCUCAAAUAUGCUGAUUCAGAGUCAACGUGCCUGGAAAAGCUGGACGAAGAGGUCUCUGGAGAAACAAAUUCCAUACCAACCACCGUCUCUCCCUCUUUGGGGUCCCCAUCAGCUAAGCUGGAAGCCAUUAAUGAACUCAUAAGGUUUGAUCACGUGUAUACAAAACCCCUAGUAGUGGAAAUUCCUGUUGAAGUGGGCAACCAAACUAACAUGCUAGUGAAAAUUGAAAAAGAAAACCUCUCUUCAUCUGAUGACAAGGCCAUCCCUGAUGUCCCAGUGUCUGUGAAGAAGGAACCUGUAGACAGCUUCAUGCCUGAACUGGGCUUUUCUCAUCUGCUUUCUUCUUGUCAUAGUCUUGAAGCCUCAAGCUACCUGUUGGAUGGCUGUAGUGACUCUGGGUAUGAAGGAUCCCUGUCACCCUUCAGCGAUACAUCGUCUCCACUUGGCACUGACCAUGCGUGGGAGGACAGCUUUGCCAAGGAACUCUUUCCCCAGCUCAUCACUGUCUAACCUGUAGUGUUAACUCCCUGUGAACAGCUGCCCUGGCAGAUAUCAGCAAUGCCCCUUUUGGGGGGUGUAUGUGGGGAAAAUCAAGUCCGUUCAGAAAAGUAUUUCUCAUCUUUACCAUGCUAGUAGAUGGUAUGAAAAAGCCAAGGGUGUCCUGGCCUGCCCUGGCAACCCCCCAGUCAGUGUUGGCUUAGGAGAGAGGCAGGUUUGUUUCUCAAGAACUUGCUCAUUCUCCAUGAACCCAGAAAUGGUUUGAUUUCCAGUUAACAUUUUAACACCAAAAACUAAACUGGGAUAUUCAUGUAUGGUCAACUGGGCUAGACCUUAAUAGUCUCUAAGUCUUACAGCUUCACUAAAUGCUUGUUUUCCAUUUGCUAUGUAGAGUCGCUUUGUUCAUUUAAUAUUUAACUGUAUUGGUGCAAUUAAAAUGCAGUGCAGCUCACUGACCCUGUUUUGCCUUAGAACUCAGUGGAGAGGGGAGAGUAUCUGGGCCUUGGAGAAUUUAAGUUCAGGUCCCUCAGUGCCUCACCCUGCCACAAUGCAUUGAGGAGCACUGCUCAUAAGGUGUCUGCAGCUGGAUGCUUCAGCAGUUCCCUUUUGGGGGCACUGGGUAGGGUAGAUGGGUUUGUGUGAGGGCCAGAGCUACUGGAGCAAAACCUUUAGCCUCUGCAAGGCAGGCAUGUGGUAGGAGCUUGAAGCCUGAAUAUUCAAAAAUCAGGGCAGUGGUGGCACCCACGUGGCCAGUAAUGCUGUCCAAAAUUCUCAGUCUGAAGGGAGGUGGGUGCUAGACAGACAUGGUGUGAAAAUGGUUACAGAUUCUGUAUUACCACACAAAAGUCCUGAAGCAUCAAAUGGCACUUGGUCAGGAGCUAAUUUCAAAUACCACAGCAGGACUUCUCAUUGUCCACAUCCAUUUGCUCCUGUAUCCAGUAUUUAUCACAAUAUUAAAAACAGCUGGAGAGACAAAUUUCAUACUGAAAAUAAGAGAGCUGUUGCAGGUGUUGGCACAGCUUUUCUUGGUUUCAGUGCUAUUUCACAUUUUGCAUUCCAUUUUGACAAAAAUAACUUGGGGUGGGGAAGAAAGAAAACCAGAGAUGUUUUAGUAACAUUCAAGGUGACAGGACUUGGCAUGCUUUAUCCUGACUUGCUGCAGAAACUGGGUCCCACAACAGCCUGUUAAUAGAUACUAAGAUCUCUUCCACUAAAACACAGAAGCGGUUCUUGUUUGGCAUGCAGAAGCCUACUACCAUUCAGAAUUCCUAUAAACAGUAGUAUUUUCUACUGGAAUCAAGUCCAGUAAUAUGGUACACAAAAAAAGCAAAAGUCUUACCUUCCAAUAAAAUUACUAAAAUCUGAA